UCAAAUAAAUAUCAAAACAAAAGUUUAAUACAAUUGAGUUAAGGUUCUUGCUGCAUCCAUGGCAGAUCCUAAUUCUCCACCACUAAUGGCUUCAUCACAGUUUUCAACAACAUCACCAUCUAUGUCAAUAGCUCAUCCACCACCAUCACCACCACUAUUACCCUAUUUUCUACAAUCUUUAUCAAUUGCUCAUCCACCAACACCACCAUCACCGCCACGUCCACUAGCAACACUACCACUGAACCCACUCAUAGAUUUAAACCAAGAUGCAAAACAAAACCAGGCUUGCAUCGACGAGUUCCUCCUCUACAACAGUAUAAACUUCGCGCACAGUGAAUUUCCUGUGAGAAUCAUGUUCUUCAAAAACAAGCACUGGGAUGAUUUCAAAGGUGAAGUACUGGAGUCUUUACGACAAGGAUUUGCAAGUGGAAAGACAACUAUGCCCUUAAAGAUCGAAGGCUUAAAGUACACCUUCGAUUUUUUACGGAUGCUACAAGUCCAUACUCAAACAAAGAAACAUAGAUCCAUUGCAUGGUUUGAUGAAAAUGGUAAACCGUUCUUUCCUGCAAAAUUUGUCGAUUGUGAUUUCUCAACAAUAGCCAAAACUAAUGAUGCUGAUAGAAUCGGUAAGAAAAAACUCGAUUCCGACAACGAAGACGAUGACGACGACGUUGUUAUUGUUGGAGUCAGACAUGCAUCAAAAUUUCCAAACACGAGACUAUUGAGUAAGACUGAGAAAACAUACUUAUACAUAAACAAUUUGUUCGUGAGAAAUGUUGGCAAAGUUGAUCCUAAUGCCAGUAUCAUAAGUAUUCAUGAUUUACAUAUCUUUAGCCCUAUUGCAAGGACUCGUUGGAGUGUUUUCGAAAAGCAAAAGGAGAUUACUGAAGCUGCAAGAGGUAAGGCAAAUGUCGUUUAUGGUUGGUAUGCAGCUCCGGCGGAGAAAGUUGUAUCAAUUUUCAACAAUGGCUUUAAGUUAAUCAGAUAUUAUCCCGAACUGCGCCCAUCGAUCGGAGCUGGUAUUUUUCUGGCCGACUUAGAGUCACCUCAGUACAGCGGGAUGCAACAUCAGGUGGAGAAAGAUGAAGAGAAAUAUCUCAUACUUUGUCGAAUUGUGUUUGGAAGGAUGGAAAGAGUGGAUCUUGAGACUCAUCAAACUCAUGCUUCCAAUAAGGACUAUGAUAUUGGUUGUGAUAAUCCUAAAAAGCCUCAUUGGUAUGUGGUUUGGGGAAAUGAUAUCAACAAGCGUGUACUUCCAGUUUGUGUCAUCACAUGCAAAACUUCUGUUGUUAAAGAUGUGAAAUGGGAAAUGACACCAGUGGAAAUGACUAUGGUUCCUAGGUUUUAUUUAGAGAUGAAGAAACGAGUACCUAUUGAAUUUAUUCCUCCACUUCAAGAUAUAUAUGAUAUCUAUAAGAAGGAUGGUAUGAACAUGGAAGUGUUUAAGAAACAGGUGAGAGCACUUCUUGGUAAUCAAAAGAUGACGCAAAUAUUUAAGGAAAUUUACGAUGGAGAGAUUUGAACAAGAGUGAAGAAUCAUUGAUGUUAUUUUUUAGUUCAAGUUUCAUAUAAUAAAGAGAACCAUAGAGUUAAGUCACUUAAUAAAAUGAGAUAAUGGAUAUAAAUUGUAUGAGAAUAGAUACAGAUGGUUUGUUUGUAACUCAAAUUAUUCUCCAAAAUAUUGUAUGUGGGAUCUAUUUUGCAAUUUGAGCAAUAAUAUUAAUGAAAACUUUAAUAAA